GCGCACAGCUUUAGUCAGCCUGUUUUGCUCGCAGGACAUCCCUCGCGUAGUCACCAGCGUAUAGACUCCAGAGGUGAUCCACGGCGCAGCGCAGCCCAGCACCCACACCCCGAUACGAGCACCGUCAGCACCGACACCAGCGACCACCGACCACUUUAGGACCACCACCAGAACCGGAGACAUCAUGUCCGUAGCGGGGCUGAAGAAGCAAUUCCACAAAGCCACUCAGAAAGUGAGUGAGAAAGUGGGUGGUGCUGAAGGGACGAAGCUCGAUGUGGACUUCACUGAAAUGGAAAAGAGAGUGGAUGUUACAUCUAGGGCAGUGUUGGACAUCAUGACCAAGACUACUGAGUAUCUGCAGCCCAAUCCAGCCACAAGAGCCAAGAUGAGCAUGAUGAACUCCAUGUCACGUAUGCGCGGUCAGGAGAAGGGCCCGGGAUACACACAGACAGAGGCCAUCCUGGGAGAGUCCAUGCAGAAGUUUGGACGUGAGCUGGGAGACGAUUCCAGCUUUGGCCAGGCGCUGAUUGAAGCCGGGGAGGCCAUGCGUGAGCUGGCCGAGGUCAAGGAUGCUCUGGACAUGGAGGUAAAGCAGAACUUCAUCGAUCCAAUGCAGAACCUCCAUGAAAAGGACCUUAAAGAAAUACAGCACCACCUGAAGAAGAUGGAGGGCCGUCGCCUGGAUUUUGAUUACAAGAAGAAGCGCCAGGGCAAAGUGACGGAGGACGAGAUUAAAGCUGCUCUGGAGAAGUUUGACGACUCCAAGGAGAUCGCUGAGCAGAGCAUGUUUAACCUCCUGGAAAGUGAUAUUGAGCAGGUGAGCCAGCUGGCAGCUCUGGUCCACGCUCAGGUGCAGUACCACAGUCGUGCAGCUGAGAUCCUCCAACAGCUGCAGAGCAAGAUGGAUGAAAGGAUAAGAGACACUUCUAAUAAACCACGCAAAGAAUUUGUGCCCAAACCUCGCACCUCUCUGGAUCUAGUCAUUAGUGAGAACCACAAUGGAGGCAUCGGUGGUGCUCGCUCUCCAGGUGCCAGGUCUCCAGCAAGGUCCCCAGCAAGAUCCCCAGCUCCGAUGGACCAACCGUGCUGUCGCGCCCUCUACGACUUCGACCCGGAGAACGAGGGCGAGCUAGGCUUCAAAGAGGGCGACAUCAUCACUCUGACCAACAAGAUCGACGAGAACUGGCUAGAAGGCAUGCUGCACGGUAACUCCGGCUUCUUCCCCAACAACUACGUGGACGUCCUGGUGCCUCUGCCCAACUAAAGAUGGUGGCUCCUCGCAUCUCCGCUCUCCUGUGUUACCCCACUCACCUUCUUACCGUAACAUUCCUUUCAAACUCCCGUAACUCCUCUUUAGAAGGAGGCUCAACCUGCAGCUAAGCCAGAUGAGAAAAAGGAGACGAAAAACAAAAAGCAAUUGAUCUGUAAAUCUUUUUUUCAAUCAAGAAAAAUUUGUUGUUGUUGCUUAACCCCAUGGUCUACAGGACUGGUUUCUAUAGUCUCUCAUAAGCUUCUGUCUGGGUUUCAUGAGUUUAUCGAUCGCACUGUACUUUGUGGAAAACCUUUUAGCUGACUUCUCUCACACGCGAACGCACCAGUAUAUGUGUUUCUCUGAUCGCAUAAGCAUGAGAUUUCGUUUUCAUGGUUUCACUUAACGGCAGACUUCACUCCUUUCCUUUCAACCAUAGAAAUACUUGUAAAUACCAAAGUUACUUGCAAAAAUCUGCGAUGUCAGUGAGCCUUCCGUUCUCAAUGAACUUGCGGUUUUGAUGGUCUUCUAUUGACAGGGGUGUAAUCGAAAAAUAAUAUUGUACUACAUAUCUGAGCCAGUGAUUCGUGAAGUGGUUUGCAACAAAUUAAAAGUUUUAUCCAAGUAAUGGUGCAAGUUUAAGCAAUUUAAAAAUACCUGUAUGUGAUGAUGAUCAUAAUAAUAAUAAUAAUAAUAAUAAUAGGAUAUUUUGGCGCUACCUGCCGCAAUCCCCUCUAGCCAGGUUAGCAUUUUGUAGCUUAGCUGUUAUUAAGAAAUUAGAUGUAGCCUGCAAUGGCAAAUGACGGGAACAAGAGUGGAAAUGUUUUACAAAUUAAUGAUGCAAUUUACUCUUAAACAGUUUAUUUUUUUUAAGCUGCUGUUCACCUGUUAUGUGUUCAAAUCUGCACUCGUGAGCAGUAUCGUGUGGGAUGAUGUAAUGAGGUCUAUUGUUGCGGCCAUACGGUCCUGAGAUGCAAAUAGUUUUUAAAAUGAGAAGAAUGUUGAACACCCCUCACUAGCAUUAAAAAAAGCCAACUGUUUCAUGAUUUAAAGUGAUAUUAUAGCAUCUUAAAGUCAGCUGGCUCUAGGAGUGGACUUUUUUUUCUCUCAUUAUGCAUUUCUAUAGCUUUUCGAGGACCGCAUGACGGCAGCAAUGGCAGCCUCCGUUUGAUCUCUGUGCAUUAUUUACUGCUAAAAAAUGGCAUUGCAAGUCUAUGCUUCAGCGUCAUGUGACAAUGUUGAGUGUAUCGGGGUCUGGCUGUUUGUAUGGGAUUGCAUAGUGUUACUUCUUACAGUAUAUAUGCAGAAAACCUCUAGCGAUGAGGUCAAUAGGCUCAGUCUACUACUAACACCAACAAUAAACGCUGGUAGGACAUCCAUCGGCCAUAGUUUUCGCUGGAAGCACAACUCGAAGCAGAGGUAAUAAUAUCAGUAAGGUCAAAGGUUAUGUUUUUUAUGAAGCGGUACAAUCCUUUCCGUUUUUUCCUCAUUUACUUUUUUUUAAACAAUUGUGUGUAUCUUUGCCCUCAAUGAGGACUGUACAGCUUUUCUGUGGUUUUGUUUUCACCUUGUGUGUAUAGUCGCGCAUCUACCGUAACGUAUCUUAUUUUUCUAAGUGUUACAUAUGAGUAUUCACAUAUUAGAUGUAUAUAUAGACAGUAUAUUAUCCAGAAGCAAUGUGAAAGGAGGGGUCUCUGUGCUGCACAUGAUCGUCUUUGAGUUGUUUUGUUUAUGUUUUGGGUUUUGUUGAAUUCUUGCACUGGUUUUAUCAGACUGUAUGCUUGAUGUAAAGAAUCAAAUGUGAUAAGUCAAUGUAAUUUAUUCAAAUAAAUAUCAGGAAAUGGUUCUAAA